GGCUUCCGGGGGCGCAUGGGCCGCGGGAAGCGCGGAGGCGGGCGCGGGCCGCGCAGCGGGCCGGGGGGCGGUGGGGAGGGGCCCCUGAGGCGGCUGAAGCUAGCCGUGGAGGAGUUCGUGCAGGGGACCACGGAGGGCGGGACCCCCGGCGGCCGCGAGGGGCCCCGCGGUGCGGGCCGCGGGCGCCCGGGCGGGAGGAAAAGCCGCCGGGAGCUGAGGAGGGAGAAGCGGCAUCAGAGAAAGGCGCGCCGGCUCCAGAGGGCGGCAGGCCCCGCGCAGGAAGCCAGCGACCCCCGGGCGGGGGCAGCGCGGGAGGAGGCGGACCGGCUGUCCGCGGGGCUGCGGCGCCCCCCGGCUCCGCCCAAGGCCGCCCCGGCCCGGACCCAGGCCCCCGCCGCCGCCACCGCCGCCCGGAAGCGGGCGCUCCUGGCGGCCAACGAGGAGGAGGACCGCGAGAUCCGGAAGCUGGAGCGGCGCCUCGGCUUGAACAAGCGCAGGAAGAAGGGCGACGGCAGCAGCUCCGUGCCGGUCAGCUUUGCCCGCGACGGGCUCGACUAUGUCCUGGGGGCCCUGGGCUCUGGGGAAAGUAGUGGCUUGUGUGAAAGCGGCAGCGAGGCGGAGGAGGGCGCGGGCCCCACACCCCCCGGAAGUGAGCUGGACACUGACGCUGAGGACGGAUGGGAGGAGCAGGACCUGGAGCGGGGCAGCGGGCAGGCGGCAGAGGAUGCAUGCAGCGAGGAGGAGGAGGAGGAGGACCAGGACGACGCCGAAGAGGAGGCGCGCGGAGCCCAGGGCACAGCCAAGGAGGAAGGAGGCAGAAAGAGGGUCCGUUUUGCAGAAGAUGGAGAGAGGAGUGAAAACCCCUCGGAGGCUGUGCGUACAGACGAUCAGCAGAAUCUUGGUGAAAAUGGUGGAAAGUACGUCCCACCUCAUGUGAGGCGAGUGGAGGAGACAGAGGACGCCCAGAAAAAGGAAGAGCUGGAAAGGCUCAAGAAACAGGUCAAAGGUCUGGUCAACAGGCUGAGCGAGCCGAACCUGGCCUCCAUCAGCAGCCAGCUGGAGGAGCUGUACAUGGGCCACAGCCGGAAGGACAUGAACGCCACACUGACCGCCGUCGUGCUGAGCGCCUGUGCCCCGGACACGGCCAUGCCUGCCCGGCUGCUCAUGGAGCACGUCCUCCUGGUCAGCGUCCUGCACCGCACGGUCGGCCUCGAGGUGGGCGCCCACUUUCUGGAGGCGGUGGUGAGGAGAUUUGACACCGUGUAUCGGAGCGGGCAAGACGGGAAGGAGUGCGACAACCUAUUUACCAUCAUCGCCCAUCUGUACAAUUUCCACGUGGUGCAGUCUCUCCUCAUCUUUGACGUGUUGAGAAAACUUGUCGAAAGUUUCACGGAAAAAGAUAUUGAGCUGAUCCUGUUAAUGCUGAAGACCGUGGGCUUUUCACUAAGGAAGGACGAUGCUCUGUCCCUGAAGGAGCUGAUCACGGAGACUCAGGCCAAAGCCAGCGGAGCAGGUGGCAGGUUCCGGGACCAGACCAGGGUCCGCUUCAUGCUGGAGACGCUGCUGGCCCUGAAGAACAACGACGUGCGGAAGAUUCCAGGCUACGACCCUGAGCCCGUGGAGAGGCUGCGGAAGCUGCAGAGAGGCCUGGUGCGUGGCGCCGGCGCGGGAACAGACCCCGAGCUCCGAGUGUCCUGGGACAGCGUCCUGAACGCCGAGCGUGCCGGGCGCUGGUGGAUCGUGGGGUCCGCCUGGAGCGGCGCCCCAAUGGUGGACGGCGGUCCGCAGAAGGCCCUGCAGAAGCCGCUCGCAGGGACGGUUAGCUCAAAAAUCCUGGAGCUUGCCCGCAAGCAGAGAAUGAACACCGACGUCAGGAGAAACAUAUUCUGCACGGUAAUGACGAGUGAAGACUUUCUGGAUGCGUUCGAGAAGCUCCUGAAGCUGGGGCUUAAGGAUCAGCAGGAGAGAGAGAUCGUUCACGUCCUGGUGGACUGCUGUCUGCAGGAGAAGACCUACAACCCUUUCUACGCUUUCCUGGCCGGCAAGUUCUGUGCCUACGAGCGGAGGUUCCAGAUGACAUUCCAGUUCAGCAUAUGGGACAAAUUUCGGGACCUAGAAAAUUUGCCAGCCACUAAUUUUGCUAAUUUGGUUCAUCUGGUGGCCCACUUGUUGAAGACGAAGUCACUGCCACUUUCCCUCUUAAAGGUUGUGGAAUUCAGUGAACUGGACAAACCCAGAGUCCACUUCUUACGAAAAGUGUUACAUAUACUGCUGAUGGAAACAGAAGUUGAAGACCUUGGUGUGAUUUUUGCAAGGGUGUCGGACAAGCCAGCGCUGGGCCUGCUGCGUGAGGGCCUGAAGCUCUUCAUAAGCCACUUCCUGCUGAGGGGCGCCCCAGAGGCUGGCGCCCUGCGGGAGCGGGCCGAGCUGUGCACCCAGGCCCUGCAGGGGCGGGGGUCCCUCAGGAUGUAGUGGGUGGGGGGCGGGGGUCCCUCAGGAUGUGGGGGGGACAGGGGCCCUCUGCAGGGCGUCUCCUUGUGUGGCUUAUGGAAGGCGGGGGAGCUGUAUUGUAAGGUAGUGUAUUUUGCUCCAGGGUUAUAUUGUAUUUGUAUUUUAAACGAUUUUCAGAUAACUGUAUUUAUAUCUUAGGGAGGGGGCCAGGUGGGGCAGGCGCUGGGCAGUGAGGGGGUGGGUGUGCAGUGUCUUUUUUUCCGGAGACAGGAUGAGCUCGAGGCUGCAGUCUGAGAGUGAUUGGUGGUGGUUGUAUUUUUUUGUAUAUUGGUUAAAAACUCAGAAGUCGUCUGUCAAACGUGCCUGAUGCUGUGUUGAUACGGAAGUGUCCGGGAGGCCGCUGUCCUGGGAGAGGUGGCAGCUGACCCGGGCCUCGCAGUGUGGGGUGCUCCUGGCUCCUCACCUCAGGUUCCCGGGGGGGUGGGCCAGCUCCCCCGAGUGUCACUAACUCCGCACAACUCUGAAGCCCCCGCGUGAGCAGACGGAGCCUGGGCUGGCCGGGCGCGCCUGCUGAGCGGGUUCUCAGGCGGGAACUCAAGGCAGACCGCCCGCGGCGGCAUGCUCAGGUCGCCCCUGAAGCACGGUGCCCGCCUCUCCUCGCUGCACCUGGGCAGAGCGCAGGCGAGGCAAGAUGUCCGCCUUGCUGAGUCCGGGUGAGCUUUAUGCAGAUAGAAUGUAUUUUUAUAGCUUUUCCUCAAGUUUUAAAUUAUUUCAAAAUAAAGAGUUCUUCUAAAGCAUG